AUGGAUUCUGAAACAGAUAAUAAUUUUUAUUUAGGUAAAGUGUGGGUACAGUGUGAGAAUAUCAGCUGUUUAAAAUGGAGACUAUUAGAACAUGACGAGACAACAUACGUUGAUCCCAAUACACCAUGGUACUGUUAUAUGAACACGAAUCCACAAUUUAAUAAAUGUUCUGUUUCUGAAGAAUAUUUUCCUGUGGAGUCUCAAUUUCAGAAACAUGGAUUAAAGUAUGUGUAUUCAAAACUUCCUUUAGGAAGUUUAGUUUUGGUAAAGAUGCAAACAUGGCCAAGGUGGCCUGGUAUUCUUUGUCCUGAUCCUGUUGAUAGUCAGUAUGUGGCAUAUGACUUGGAUGGAGAUGUUGAAAGUCAUCAUGUAGAAUUUCUGGGGAAACCCCAUUCCAGGGGUUGGGCUACCAUGAAGUACAUUAGCCAUUAUUCUAGUUCAUUUAAGGCUGAUGUAUGCAAGAGGAAAAAAUCCUGGUAUAAAAGUGCAUUGGAUGAAGCAAACCAAUUGCUUGCCUGUUCUGCUCAGGAAAGGCUUGAAAUGUGCUACCUAUCUAAAAUGGGCACAGUAAAAGAUAAAGAAGCCAAAACAAAAACGGAUGGAAUCAUAUGCAGGAAAACGAUAAAAGGGUGGGCAAAAACUUGUGAGAAGAAAAGUAGCUGCAGAAUUGAAAGAAAGAGAAAAAAAAGAAUGUUAACAUGUUCACUUGAAAUAGCAAGCUCAGAUGAUAUCCUGUCGACAGAAAAUCUUGUUGUCUCCGAGACUGAAAUUAUACUAAAAGAUUUGGACCAAAUUCUCAAGCAUGUUGCAGCCACCUCCGAGCCAUCCUUUGAGUCAUUUGUGGAUGGAGAGGACAAUGAUGUAAGGGAAGAGGUAGCUAACUGCUGCAUGGAGUUUACUGAAAAAAGGCCAAUGGAAAUCCACACCCAAGAGGACUGUAUUAUAAUUGAUGGGAAAGCUUUCAAGGCUGGAGAGUGCAUUGAGAGCAUAGCAGACAGGUUUAAGGAAAUAGAAUCUUUAAUGGCUGAAUUCCAAGACAGCUUGUAG